GGCUCAUAAGCGGCUCAUAAGGAGCUCAUAAGCGGCUCAUAAGCGGCUCAGUGACCCCCGGCGCGUUAUUAAGUCUCGUUCCUGCAGCUUUGCGCGGACGGACGGAACUCCGGGAGACGCUGGAUGUUAAACUCGGCUGCUGAUUCAUCUGAACCCGCAGCAGCUCCGCGGUCCUCUGCGCCGAUCCUGUGGCUGAUCUGCGCCUGAUGUUCGAGUCACCCUGUGCGGCUCUGGGUGAGAAUUUCCCCGCCAGCUCUCCCGGGUGAACUGACGCUCCGCCGCCGCGUCCAUGGCUCUCUCAGCCCUGCAGGAUCUCUGAUCGCGUCCAUGGUCCGGAUCCGCUUCAGAGCCGCUGCUUCCUCAUGCAUGUGAUCUGAUUCAUUCCACUGCUGCUGGAGGGUGUUGAUGGAGAGCUUUUCGAAUGACAGCCGGGACAGUGGUCAUCACAGGCGGGAUUCUAGCUACAGUAAUCUUACUGUGCAUCAUUGCAGUACUGUGCUACUGUAGACUGCAGUAUUAUUGCUGUAAGAAGGAGGAGUCCGAGUCGGAGGAGGAGGAGCCUGACUUUGCUGUGACGUCUCGUGUGCCACCCAUACACUCCAACCACAACAUCCUGGCACCUGCCAUCUCCGCGGCGCCCACCCCCAACGGGCCGGCCCUGUACACGCCCCCGCAGCCGACCCGCAAGCUGACCCGCUCGCAGACGUUCUGUCCGUCCUGCACGCACUACGACAUGCCUUUCUACCUGCAGCAGCCAGACGGCCUGAGGAACGGCGGCGAGCGUCUGAGCUUCCGCAGCGUCCAGCAGCACGACCUGGAGCUGCCCACGCCACUGCCCACGCCCCUGCCCACGCCGCUGCCCACGCCGCUGCCCACGCCGCUGCCCAACUACCACAAGCUCAACCUGAAUCGCUCCGUCACCAUGAGACACAUGUUCACACGCAGCUGCAGCAUCAGCACCGAUGUCUAGUGCACAGAGAGCACAUGACCUGCGCCCCCUGCAGGCCUGGAGGUCCAAACACAGGCCGGUAUGGACACUGGGAUAGAGUUUGGGUUUGGAGGACACUCGGUGAAGUGUAAUAAAGUUUUACUACACGAACAGACGAGAUGAUUAAGGUUAAACGUUAGAAACCAUAAAAUGACAAAGUCCUGGUGUCAGUUUGGGGAACUGAAGGAUUAAAAAGGGCUUAAGAGAGUCGUUUCAUUUUAUUAAAGAGAAGCCAAACGCUUGACGUCACUUUCUUUUGUACAUAAAAUUUAUCUUGUCAUUUUUGUAUCAUCUGUGUGUGUGUGUGUGUGUGCGCGCAUGUGUGUUUACGGAUGAUGUGAUUUUAUCAGGAUUAUAUCUUAAAAUUAAAGAUAGAAAAAUAUAUACCAGGCAACAGAAGAGAAAACACAAGCUCUAAUCAGGGCUGCAAUAAAGUAUUUGAAAUAAAUAUAAUGUAAAAAAAAAAAGUUAUUCAGAUCUAUAAACAUGGACUUUAAUUUCAUUUACUUAAACUAACAUUACAGUGUGACAUUACAUUUAAUCCAGAAACAGAUCAAUGUUUUAUCUUUCUCUUAUCGGGAAUUAUUUCUUCCGUUUAUAUAAAAUGUACUAUUUAUCUGGAACGUGUUCAUCUUUUCUUACUGGAGAGAAGCGCGAGCUCGUGGAGGUCACAGAGGUCACAGAGGUCACGAAGGUCACGGAGGUGGAGAGAUUCUUUAGACGUCCUGAUCGCAGCUCGGACUCAGAUGGAGUGAGAGCGCUCAAUCAGGAGCCUGACUCUGUGUGUCGCUCUUUUCUUCUUUGAUGUCAAAGACAGAACGACUGACGUACACUUCUGAAUUAUUUUGUAUAAAAGGCCCUGAGUUACAGAAACAUUUAAUUUUUGAUGUUUAAUAUUUGUUCUUUUCAGGUUUAACAGUGAGGUUGCUUUUGGUGAUAAUGGUGACUAUCUGACUUUUGCAAGCACCAUGUAGUCGUACUGUGUGUCCUUUCACACACACACACACACACACACACACGCACACACUCACAAUCUCUUUCCCUUUUUAGGUCAUUUAGGCAAACAAGUGCAAUGAAUUUAGGAGAAAUUAGUUAUUAUUAUUAUUAUUAAUAUUAUUAUUAUUAUUAUUGCUGCAUUGCUGUACAUUAUUGCUGUUUUUGGGUUUCAUGUUCCCGGAGUGAUGUCACGUUUUAAUCUGUACAACUAUGAACACAAUGUUGAUAAUAAAACUGGAGAAAGUC